GCUGCAAUUCUUAUUUUCUUGUUUUAAGAUGCCGCGUCUCUGCGUGUGUGGCCCAAGUGAUUCUGUGUUGGGGUUUCUCAUCCGCACGUGAUAUAUUCCAGUGGGAAAUCCCUCUUCUCUUACACAAUUGUGUAAUAUGAUAACUUAUCACCGUGUUCGGUUCUCACAUACCACGAGUUUUUGGGAGGAGACGAGGUGCGUUACCUGAGGGAGGCAGGUCUUUUCUUGAUAUGGCUUCAGAAAUCACGUAUGCAGAAGUGAGAUUCAAGAAUGAAUCCAACUCCUCAGGCCCCUACUCAGAUUCUGCUACAGCUCCCAAAGUGAAGCCCACCCCGCAUCUAAGUAAGCCUGGUUUUCCUUCGCUGCUUUUUACAUCACUGAUGGCCCUUCUCCUGCUCUUGGCCAUCUCGUUCUUAGUCGCCUUUAUCUUUUAUUUUCAAAGGUAUUCUCAACUUCUUGAAGAAAAAAAAGCCAUAAAAGAUCUAACUUACACAGGAUUGAAUUGCAGAAAAGACAGCUCACACAUAGAAGACAAAGUCUGGAGCUGUUGCCCAAAGGACUGGGAGUCAUUUAGUUCCCACUGCUACUUUAUUUCCACUGACUCGGCAUCUUGGAGCAAGAGUCAGGAGAAGUGCUCCAGCAUGGGUGCUCAUCUGAUGGUGGUCCACAGCCGGGAAGAGCAGGAUUUCAUCACUAAGAUCCUGAACCGUAACGCUGCUUAUUUUAUCGGGCUUUCAGAUCCAGGUCAUCGACAGUGGCGAUGGGUUGAUCAGACGCCGUACAAUGAAAGUGCCACGUUCUGGCACCCAGGUGAGCCUAGCAGUGACCAUGAACAAUGUGUUACAAUAAAUCGUCGAUCUUAUGCACGUUCUAGCUGGGGCUGGAAUGACAUCCCUUGCAGUGAUACGCAGAGGUCAGUUUGUCAGAUGAAGAAAAUAUACUUGUGAGAAAGCAGUCUCCAUGGACAUGGGGCUGCAUUUUUAUCCACCAUUACACAGGCACCUGGAAAGUUUCUCUUGUGGAAGAGAUGUCCACAGAAUUUCAUUAGGCAGCAAAUGAUUGUUAAUCAUAUAUUCUUGUUUAUUCAUCCACUUACUCCUUCAUACAACGACCUUUUAUUUAGAAUUUUCCAUGAAUCAGAUCACUAUACAUUGAUCCUUUUGUUCACACUAUUUAUUCUCACAAUUGUAUGAUAUGUUCUCUUCAUCUAUCUAUUUUUUCUCUGAUUUAAUCUGCCUUUGGCUUCAUUGACAUGUA